AUGUCAGAUACCAUGAUAUCAGCUAAAGCAGUCGUUGAUGUUAUUCCCUCUGGAUGUCAGUAUUUGUCGGAAUUCCGUUGUAUAGAUGAUGCUCAUCGUGAGUCCUCAAAAGAUAUUCCUGAAUUCUGGAGGAGUUGGCAUACUGGUGGAUUAUUUAAUGAGCUAUUCAUAUCUUUCAAUACUGUUGUAUGGAGCUGUGGCACCGAAAUCUCUGAUUCGUUUCCUAAACUUGUACUUAAUUUUAACACUCCAGUUGUUGAUGCGUUCAGGUCUUCAUUCUUCCUACCUGCUCUUCAUUCUGCUCAAGGGUUUAUCCCUCGUGUAAAUGAGAAUAUUCCUGGAAGAGUUCAAAGAGGAUUGUCCGUUUUCGAGUCAGAGAGAAUGACUUUCAUAGACGACUGGGGUGAACACUACACAGUACGCAUUCCUUGUCGCAUAGGAGACGUAUGGUCUCUGGAUACACUUGUUCUGCUUGAACGUCAGCCAAAUAACAGUGAAUUCAUCAGUGAAAAUCCUAACACAAAACCACCAGGUUCAUGUGCUUUAUUUUCAAUGUUCAGUCUUACACAUCCACUGGAUGAAGCUGCUCCUGUGAUCCUAAAAGUCCCUUUAUCUAAUGGAGGUUUUGGAAUAGGAUUCGUCACAGAUAUUCAUCUAAAAAUCAUCGGUAUUAUUCCAUCACUUAAUUUGGUUCUAACAUAUCAUUCACUAACCAAGUCACAUUCUAUUUGGCAGUUGGAGGAAGCUUCAUCACAGGAUUAUAUAUACUUGUACCAAGUCGAUAUUGAUGGUCGUGUUAGCGUUGCUGCGCAUGCCUUAACUGGCCUAGUUUAUCAACCUGAGUUUACAAAACACUCUGAAAAACUUGAUGGACAUCAAACUACAUUUGAUGGUCAUUCUAUCACUUGUACAUCGAACUCUACUGUCUGCUUAAGUCCAUUUGCUGCAUCUUUAUCACGUUUAAAGAAAACGGAAAAUCAAACCACUCAAAUGAAUUAUAGUGGUAGUUUUCAGUCUUCUAGUCAUUUUUUGAUCUCCCCUUUCACACCUAUGAACCUUGAUGCUCACAUUAGUCGUCUUUCUAAUGUCAUACCUUGCAAUAACUUAAGCUAUGUACCGUCUACAUUCAAUAACUCAGGAAAUUUCUAUCUAAGAAGGACAUCUAUUGUGGGGUCUCAGUCAAUAGGAAACACUUGUACACCUAAACCAAUCGGUGGCAUUCAUACUUCAAAGUACAAUCCAAUGAAUAUAUCUACCUUACAAGGAAGAUUAGCUUCUACACGACCUAACAUUUAUCCAACUAAUCAAUAUGAAACUCAAGUUCGAACUGAUAAAUUCUGUUUUAUUGAUCCUGAUCAAAUUAAAAAUCUAUUAGAUGAACCAUUAUUACCAAAAGUUUGUCUUCGUCUUGUUUGGUCAGAGCCAACUUUAAUCCAACCAUUCAAUACAACAGUUUCACCUGGUCCAUCCAGUCCAGCAAAACAUGAAUCCAACUUAAAAAAGGAGAAAAUCCUACCUUGUAUUCCUUAUGCUUCUGACUUGUUGUCAGCUUCUGGUCGUUUCGCCUUACUAAGUAGACGUCUUCCUGAUUUACCAUUUCCUACAUUGAAAACGGAAUCAACUUACUCUAAUAGUCCUUCUAUGAAGGCGAAGAGUAAAGCCGUCUGUUCAGAAAUUAAUAUAUCUCCCUUUACAGGGCUUCAAGGUAACAAUUCAAUUCAUCUACAUCAUAAAUCUGGCCCAGUGAAAUCACUUGCAUUUUUGGCUAUUGAUUUAACAUCUGUUUCAUGGAUUUGUUUUCUUAUUGGUUCACCUGAUGUUGAUGACAAACUGUGUCGACUAGCUUGCUUGCGGAUAAAUGAUGAAGUGGCUGGUUUAUAUAACAGUGAUUGUAAACAGUCAGACAAUAAUCAAACAAUGUUUGGCAGUCUAGUUCAUCUUCGAGCUUGUGAUGCAGUGUAUGUGCCGUAUUCACUGAUAACUAUUUGCUUAGAACCUGGAGUUGGGAUAGUUCUAUAUACUGGAAUAAAAAAGCUUUGCUUACUAGGCAUAAGUCCACCUCCACUUCUUAGUUUAUAUUUGGCUAUUGGUGGUCCACAGAUUUUAAAAUGUAGAUUAGAUCAUGCUUCAUCUGAUAUUAACAUACCAUUCAUUGUACGUCCUAGUCUACCGGAGAUUGAUCGUUGGCAUCAGAAUACUGUACAUUCAAUUUUGUCUAAGUGUGUAUCAACUGUGCUUUCAAAUUCAAUGCCUACGACGAUGACUGAAUGGAAUUUCAAUAUGAAAACGUUUCACUUUAAUAGUUUGCCAAAUGAUCUUAUGAAUAUAAAGGAACUGGAUUCUAAACAGGCGAGUAAUUAUCUUUAUGAGUUGAAUAGUUCACAUAUUGAUACAAAAACCAAUAGCCAAAUGUUGUAUACACCAAAUAAACAUACAGAGGUGAAGAGUUUAGAAAAGAUAUCUCUUUGUGAUCCUGCUGGAAAUGCUUUCACUAUAGUAAACAAUAAUAAGAUUAACAAUAUAAAUGAAGAACGGAAUACUCUACAAUCAAAUCGAUUCCUUCGAGUUUAUUUACCUGCUAUUGCAGAGAAUGAAAUGGUACAACGGUGUUUAACUAGUUUGAAUCAAUGUCUAUCUGAAGAUGUUAGUCUUCUAAUUUUUACUCGUUGGUAUAUUAUAUCUAAUGCUCCGGGUAUAAAUAAUCCAUACAAAUUUCAAGAAGAGACAAUAUACAAAGAUGAUUUUGAUGCAUGUUAUUUUCAUGGAUCUACAGAAUGGAAUCGUUUUGCCAAUUUCAUUUUAUCAACUGCAGGAUUAUCUCUUUCUUAUCAGUAUACUGAAAGUGUUAUUUCAAUAGAAAAUAAUGAAAUUGAUAGAGGAUUCUAUGCUGAUAGUAACCUCCAACGAAGUAAACGUCAACGACCUAGUGCUGAAAAUGCUUCAGACUUGGAUUGGAAUAAUCUUGUCAACUUAUUACAAUUUGAUUAUGAUGAUAAGGAAUUAAUUCAACCCUCUUUACUUUUACCUAAACAAGUGAAUACAUCAUUGCCCAUGAAGAUGUCCUAUUAUGAUGAUGAGUAUAUACACUAUAAUAAUGAGAAACAGACUAUUCACCUAACAUGUGUUCGUGAUGAUUCAGAUAGUCGUCUUAUUCUUUCUUAUCUACCUACUAUUUUAUUCUGCUUUCACUUAACAUAUGAAGAAGCUAAAUUGAAUUCUGUCUUACAAGAUGAAUUGAAGCAGUUGGCUGAACUCAAUUUUAUUCUUACAAGGAUUUUAAAUUUACCAGAAUAUACUGUUUACUAUGAAACUGAAUAUUCAAGUUUAUGUAAUCUUUCGCUUAUUAUACAUAUUAACUUUCAAGUGAAACAUUUCAAUGGCCUAUUGAAAUGUCAACUAAUAUUUGGAGUAAAUGAUUUAGCAACUGCUUUAGCUGGAAUGAUUAUUUCAGCUUUGUCUACAAAGAAAUUGAAUAUAUUGAAUGGAAAAGAUAUCAAAUUUAUAAUUAAGAAUCUUUUAGAAUUUUGGUCCAAUCAAAUAUUCACAUGGAAAACAGUUAAAAAGUUGAAUAGUUCAGUUUAUGAUUAUUCAUCAAAGGAACAAGAGAAUUUAUCAAUUUUUCAUGAUGAACAAGUUAAACAAUGGCUUCAAACUGCUGGUCCAUAUGCAUGUGCUUAUGUUGAAACACUUUUAACUUCAGUUGGAUUAUUUAACAAGAAAAUAUCGAAUGAAACAGAAAUAUCUUGUCUACCAAGUUCUGCACAACACUUAGCUUUACUAUUUCUCAGUUUGUUAGAGUCAAACACUACAAUAUUUCAUGGUGUAUUAAGUAGACGAUUACGUGUACUUCCAUCUGGAUUGUCAAUGGUUUUACGUAUUUUUCUUAGUCGUUGUCGAUUACAUCCACCUCCUAAUUGUAAUCCAGAUGUAUAUAGUUUAAUGGGACGUACUGAUCUAGCGAAACAAGCUCUUAUGUUGAGUGAUCAUCAAAACUUUACUGUAACUGCACAGUUGAAUUCAACUUCUAAUCUAUCCAAUUCAUGUUUUUCUAAACCUGAACGGAUUAGCUUAUUCAUGCAACCAAAUGCUGUUAAUACAUCUUCUUCAUGGUCUGUCGCUGAGCGUUGGUCGAAUUUGGUUCAUCCUCUUCGAGAUAUCCGUUCAAUGUCAUUGAAUAUGGCGGCAUCACCGCAUGCUUUGUUGUAUCAUCUAGAAAGUAAUCCUUGCUGUCAAGUAUCUUUUAAGGAUGACUUACGUCUACGUGAAGCAUAUCGUCUACUACAAAGCUUUAGCCAUAUUCGUCUUCCUCGUGUGAAUUCUGAAGAUCCAGUCGGUUCAUCCCCCUCUAAUGCAUCUGGAUCUGAUGUUAACGCUCGUUUAACAGAAGCAAGGUUGGAAAUGCAUCUGGCUGCAGCUGGUAUUCGUGUUUGGGCCUCAGUUGUCGGUCGUGGAAUGCUGACUUUGGGGAUCCUUAUGGGUUCAAAAGUACCAACACAGCUCCGUGUGCCACCAAUUUGCUUACGUGGUCGAGCUAUUUCUCCAAGCAGUGGAAGGCGUGUUUUGGUUGACCUUGCACGUGAGUCUCUUGGAUCUGCUAACGUGAAUGCUGGUGCUAACAGGACUCCAGGAACAACAGAAGUAACAGCCCCAGGACUAGAUAUCGGUGGAACUAAUGGAGAUAGGCGUGGCACUACUGGAACACAAGGUGUUGAUGCUUCUAGCCAUCCAGGAAACUCCAUGGCACUUGCCAUCGCUUCUUCAAUAGCUUCUUGUGGUGCUGGUGCAUGUUUACGUACUGCAUCUUUAGGACUAAGCCGUAUGAUAGCAGGUAACAACUUACUUAACCAUUACGCCAAUUCGAAUGUCUCCACAAUGGCUACCAGCUCAGCAGCUUCUACUGCAUCCUUGCUUUCUACUGCUAAUAUACAACAAGCUCCAGGUGUAUUGGCUGCGAAGCACUGGCCGGAUUUUCAUAAUGGAGUAGCUAUUGGUUUGAGCAUAUCACCUCACGCUUCAGUAGAUGCUACAUGGAUUAUGUACAAUUGUCGAGCUGCUGGACUGACAUCUACUAAUAAUCGUCGAAAUAAUCCUAGAACUAAUCAAGAUUCUAUAUCAUCAUCUUUGGAUACACCUAGUCCAGAACAAGCUGGUUUACUCUAUGGUUUGGGACUGAAUGGUCAUUUAAAUAAAAUAACACCGUAUGAUAUUGGAGAAUAUCUUGUACGAGUACAUGAUUUGCAUAAUAUGGCAGUACUUCUAGGUUUAUGCGCAGGAAGACGAGGCACAAUGGAUCAGUCUAUUCUACGACUUAUUGCAGUACAUUAUCGUCCACUUUUACCCUUUGAUCCGUUAAUUAGUGUUCAACUCAGCGUUCCUAAUUUAUGUCAAGCAGCUGCUAUCUUUGGUCUUGGUUUACUAUAUCAAGGAUCAGCGCAUCGACAUAUAACAAAUUUACUUAUUAAUGAAUUAGGUCGAUCAUUAAGUGAAGAUCCUUUUUCUAAUGGCAUACAUACAGGAAUUAAUUCAGAUGUAGACUCUCAACAAACAACUUCAAAUGCACCUAACAAUCAUACAACAAAUAAUCCAGUUGGUUGGACAGGUGCUGGUGGUUCAGGUGGUUUUGCAGGCGACAGUUGUGAACUGAUGGCACUUUCAGCUGGUCUUGCUCUUGGUCUUGUACUUCUACAGAGAGGCGAUUCACCAUGUGGCUUGUCUGAUCUACAUUGGGCGGAGAAAUUACACGCGUAUAUGACUUCUGGACCAAGAAGUAAAAUUCCAGGUGUUUCAGAACAACAAUACACCGUACACUUACCAUGUGAUUUAUAUGAGAAGUGUUUGCCUUCUCAACGAGUAAUUAGUCGAGGUGUAACCCGUCGGUUGACAGAUCAACCAAGGCAUCGGAAUCAAACUGGUGUUGAAACUGCUAAUGUUGAUAACAAUCUAACCGAUGCUAACAUAAGAGGAGGUGCUUCUUUCCCACUAAGUACUUUUCGUACUCCAAGUUUAUUGCUACACAGUGACUACACGGCUGAACCCUUAGUUGACCCAGAACGAUUUCUUUCUAAUGACUAUUUGUAUAAUACAACAGAAACAAGAUCAAAUUGUUCAUCUACUCGUCAGAUUUCAUCUCGUGGUCGUCGUGCUUCAUGCACUACUGGCUCUUCGACAUCACCAUCUGUGACUCAUGCUUCAGGUAGAUUUCCAUCCACUGUUUCUGAUCUGGCUGGUCGUUUGGAUGACUAUCCAACUAAAACAACCUGGAAAAAUCCUCAGAUACGUGAUCUUCACUGUUACAACGCAGAUGUUAGUGCACCUGGUGCUAUGAUGGCUCUUGGGAUGGCUUAUUUAGAUAGUAGCAAUCCUACUGUUAGUAGCUGGUUUCUUCCACCCUCUUCGUUGCAUCAACUGGAACUUAUACGACCAGAUUUACUCUUGUUUCGAGCUCUUGCACAUGGUCUUAUAAAUUGGAAUUCUAUAGAACCAACUCAAGAAUGGAUUGAAUCUUAUGUACCUCAAAAGCUUUUCGAAAAACUCGGUGAAUCAAUUAGACCAAGACCCAAAAUUCAACCAUCUGACAUCUCAGAUAUUCGCUCCACACUGGGCCAAACUGAUCUAUCAAGUGAAGACGAUGUUGAAAAUCGAUGUCCAGAUCAAACAUUUGUUGAUUCCUUAUACAAUGCAUCUGAGCGUACCACAUCUACUCGAGGUCGUAGAGGUGGGUUGAACAAUGUUCGUGGUCGAUCGGUUCGACGUUCAAGAAGAUAUGGUAUUCGACAAUGGGUUGAAGAAGAUAAUGAGCUUAAUCAGAUCAAACCAGGCCCUCGUAAAAAUGAAUGGUUGAACCAACUAGGAUCACACAGUGUAGAUCCGGUAGAUAUUGAAGCCAUAAGCCUAGCUUAUUUAAACAUGCUGGUUGGAUGUGCUUUAGCGAUGGGUUUACGUUAUGCUGGGACAUCGAAUUCCGAUGCAGCCAACACAUUAUACUAUCUGGCACGAAGUAUUUUAGAUGAUACAUGGUGGCCUCCAUCUUCCAGUACCCGCAAGUCACCAUCUCAAAAUAAUUCCUCUGAAUUAGAACAAAUUAAAGUGUCUUUACCGAAGUCUACAUUAGUCCAAAGUGCAGCUCAGUGUCUUUUAGCCUUAGCUAUGAUACUUGCUGGUUCUGGUAAUCUAGCUGUUCUUAAAAUGGUACGACAACUUCGAGCUAUUCGUUUAUUCACUGCUAAACCUGAUACUUUGAAUUCUGGAACAAAUAAUCAUACUGGAUAUGAUUCAAUCUAUUAUACUGUAACAACUGCUGCAGCUCGUGCUGCAGCUACCACACAAACUGCUUCUACAAGUUCAGGAGUAGCAUCUGUUGGAGGUCCAGUAUCUGUGGCUUCAGUGUUUGGUGCAGCUCUUGGUCCAAGUUUUGGAUUACAAUUGCUUUUUGCCAACACUAUCGGUUUACUCUUUCUUGGUGGUGGACGAUUAACACUUGCGAAUACACCGGAAGCUGUUGCUAUGCUGGUUAUUUCAUUUUUCCCUGUUCUACCUACAUAUGCAGGUGAUAAUUGGUAUCAUCUACAAGCUCUUCGACAUCUAUAUGCUCUUGCCACUAUACCUCGACGGUUAUGUGCUGUUGAUGUUGAUACUGGUCGUGUUGUUCUCUCUGAUCUACAAGCUAAACUUCAAGGAUCUGGUACUAUACUUUCAUCAAAAGAUACAUUUGUUUUCCCAUCUGAUGUAUUGAAUAAAAUAACAUGGCUUGAAAUUAAUCAUAAUUCUGAAAAAUAUUGGCCAACUGUUUUUCAUCAAGGAACCAAUAACUGGGAUUUGUUCAAGAGGACAUUUUUUCAAGCGGGAUAUAUUUUCGUCAAACGAAGAGAUGAAGGCGAAGAAUUAAAUGUCUUAGAAUCAUGGCUGAAUGAAUGUUCAGAACAAUGGUUAGAUCUUUGUAUGUUGAAACAAUUGAAACUGUUAGUCGCCUUCUUAAAACGCUUUCCAUCACCGAAUAAAUUGACUGACUCAAAUAAUCUUAUACACACUGAAAAAAUGGUUUCCUCUUCGUCUUCAUUAUCAUCAGCAUACUAUGAUCUAGGUCGUGUUCUAGCCGCACGUGUUACUCAACACUUUAUCAAACACAAAGAUGAACUGUCUAUUGGUCUACGCAGUUAUUACUUCAAUUCACCUAAUAUUGAAGUUUCUAUCAGUGAGCAUAAUCUAUUCCAGUCCAGAUUGGUAAAAGCAUUCCGUUUAUGGUUCAGCCUACCUGACUGCACUGUUCUAUCGCAUUACUUACCUAAAGAUGAUACACCAUCGUUGAUUAACUUUCUUUCAAUUGGAAAACAGUUUUGCUUUACAACACCUAUUCCAAAUAUGCUUUGGUUGUAUAGAUUCCUUUAUCCAUCUGAUCAGGAUAGCAGGAUUUUAUCAACUUGA